AUGGGUCCCCACGCCAGACUGGUCAUCGGCACGCCCGCCUCCCCAGGCAUGGACUUCUGCGGCCGCGUGGUGUCCACGGGAACCGGUGCAACGCAUCUCUCCUCAGGCCAGCUCGUCUUCGGGUGUCACAGUCGCCCGAUGAAAUUCGGGUCGUUGGCCGAGUACCUCACCAUCCAGGCGGGACUUAUUGCGCCGGUGCCGGAGGGCGUGCAGGUUGACCAUGCGACUGGGGUGGGUAUUGCGGGGCAGACGGCUUAUCAGACGUUGGCUGGGUAUGUGAAGCGUGGUGAUAAGGUGUUUAUUAACGGCGGUUCGGGUGGGUGUGGAUUAUUCGCUAUUCAGGUUGCGAAGGAGAUGGGGUGUCAUGUUACGACGACGUGUUCGACAAGGAAUGUCGAGUUGUGUCGUGGGUUAGGGGCGGAUGAGGUUAUUGAUUAUACGGCUGUGGAGGAUCUGGUUGCGACGCUGAAGGAGCGUGGUGUCGUGUUUGAUCAUGUCCUGGAUCAUAUUGGGCUUCCUUCUGAGCUUUAUUUCCAGUCACAUCAUUUUUUGAAGAAGGGAGGUGUGUUUGUGCAGGUGGGGGCGUCGGCGAUAGGGACGUUUGUUGGACGGGUUGGGUGGCCUUCGUUUUUGGGGGGUGGGAAGAGGAAGUAUGUGAUUUUCAUGUUUACGAAUACUCAUGAGCAUAUUGUCAAGCUUGGGGAGUGGUUGCAGAAGGGGGUGCUGAAGGUGCAGGUGGAUAGCGAGUAUGACUUUGAGGCUGCAGUCAAGGCAUUUGAGAAGCUUCGUUCGGGGCGUGCGAGGGGGAAGAUUAUCGUACAUGUGGCCAAGCAGUGA